CCCCUUAGCUAGCGGACUGGCAAGUAGGAAACUGCUUCCUUUCAUAGAUACUCGCUAGACCUAAAUCACAUUUAUCAACCUAGCGUUAUCAAUCACGCUGGAGCGGGGUCCACAGGCUCUAUAUUAAGGCUCGGAAUUGUAAAGGCCAGCGCUAUAUACUAAUGAACUCGCGGACUUUAAGAACUCGAAAGUAAACUGAGAGGAUUUACAUUAGGGAGUUUCAGAACUGUUUAAUUACUUUUCCUGUCUAAAUCGUUUCGCUUUGUUUAAGUAAUGUUUUAUAGACAGCUUAAGGAAAUAAGUUGUUUUCCGAAAAGCUUAACAAUUAAGCAGCAUGGGAUACACAGGUAAUUUGCAGAUUUUCCUUCGUAAAUAAACUAGUGUUAAUUCGAUGUGGAAUGUAUUCAAAACCAUUUUAUAACGUGUCUUCGGUGCAACAAACAUUAUCCAGUUUUGUCAGUCCGUGAACGAUUUCUCUUGGAUUAAGCGACGAUUUGACGGACUUUACUAAACAAAUAAAUGCAGUGAACUCAGUCUCGACAUACCUUCCUUGGAAUCGAUUUCAAAUGCACAUGUUUUGCUAAGUAUAAGUUCACGUCGAGAUAAUUCAUCAUUUUACUUUAUGCUAGAUUUCUUAUAUUCGUCAUUAAGUAUUGAUAUGUGGUAUUGAUUGGUGUUCUUUCACGUAACAUAAAGGAAGUGCAUUUCAAAAUGUACAAGCGAGAAGAAAAUUGUCAACAAAUAUCCGGAAACGGUACAUUUAGCGCCAGUCUGGUGAUUGAUUCUGUAUCGGACAGUAACGGAAGUAUUUACGACACAUGUCGAAAUCAAAACGGAACAGGAGAAAUGAACUUCAGUGGGAUAGCGAAUGAAAUCUUCGACCAAAAUGGCGAGAUUCGAAUACCGCUGUACUGUCUCAUUUUUUUGCUGUCAUUGACUGGUAAUGUUUUGGUCAUUAUCACUCUGGCCCAGAACAGACGGAUGAGGACUGUGACGAAUGUAUUUCUGUUGAACUUAUCCAUCAGUGAUCUACUCUUGGCCGUUUUCUGUAUGCCAUUCACCUUGGUUCCACAGCUCAUGCGACAAUUCAUCUUUGGAGAGUUUGUUUGCGUAGCAAUUCGUUAUUUUCAAGGUGUAUCUGUAGGAGUGAGCUGUUUCACACUUGUUACCAUCUCGUCUGAGCGUUACUUCGCCAUAUGUCAGCCGCUACGGUCCCGACGAUGGCAGACCGUGUCCCAUUCUUACAAGAUCAUCGUGGCCAUCUGGAUCGGCGCCCUUACCAUCAUGAUUCCCAUCGCCUUGGGCACAAAGCUACUGAGACUGAGGUCAGGGGCCUACGCCUGUCGCGACCUCUGGGACAAUACGGCCCUCGAGAUUGUCUACACCGUCGGUCUCGUCAUCCUCCUCCUCGUUAUCCCACUCAUCAUUAUGAGCAUCGCAUACGGUCUCAUUAUACUCAGACUGUGGGUGGACAUACGGAGCCAGUCACAGGCUGCGAGUGAAUUAUCAACUCCUCAACGAUUCGUUGGGUUCAGCAGAGCAUCCAGUAAUAGCGAAUCGGAACUGCGCUCUCUGAAGAGUAUGGGUAACGGUUCUGAUUACACUACUGGUGGCCAUGUUAGCUUGAGACAGAUAAACCCUCACACCAACGUGUCAAACCGGAAACGCGUCAUCAGGAUGUUGGUGGUGAUUGUGAUGGAGUACUUUAUGUGUUGGACGCCAUUGUAUAUAAUAAACACAUGGGUUAUUGUGGAUUACCCUACCAUACAUACGCGCGUGUCAGCACUAGGAUGGUCAAUGAUUCAAUUGUUGGCUUAUACUUCCUGCUUUAUUCAUCCUAUUACCUAUUGCUUUAUGAACAAAAAUUUCAGAAAGGGGUUUCUGUCUGUGUUUCAGUGCGAUAAGAAUCAGCGACGUAGGACGCUGAUCACUCGGAAUGGAACAGAGGUCAGUUCUAUGCCCUCGCUCUCUACCCAAUCUCCUAUCAUAAAGGAAAAACUUAAGAUGGAGGUCCUGUACAGCAAAGUGUCGCCAGAUGAUUGAUAUAACCGCUGUAUGCCUUCCCUGUCACAACUAAGGAUGUACAUAUAUGAACAAAAAGAAUAAGCUACCUUGAUUUAACGAUAUGUAUCUGGUUUCGUUGAAGGUGGUACAGUAUAGCUUAUAUGACGCUCGGCAUUUAGUUCAUGAUUUUGUGGCUAGAUUUCAAAAUAUCUAUUUAUACAUUGUAUAACUGUAUAUCGAAAGAGUAAGAAUGUUUCGUUUAAAAAAAUGCUGAUAUUGGGAUAGAUGACAUUUUAACUAUUUUUUCGAAGAUUUUGUCAAUAGCUUUAAAUGCACUGGUAGAAAUGGAUUAAUAUUAGUAUCGUGUAUGAGAUAUGGUCGGUAGACAAUCAAUCUUGGCGUACUAUGCGGUAAAUUGCUAUUAUUAUAACGCAAUGAACUCAUAGCAUAUGACUUGUCGUCCUUGUAUCGCUCCUGACGAAACAUCCAUGAUCCAUUAUUCAGAGGCAUUAUGAUUGCAUUUGAUGGCUUAGUCCACUGUUUAAGUUUACUUUAUUGUGCAAUGACAAUAUCAUAUUUUCAACUCGGUAAAAACACAACAUAAUUAUUUUGUAGCUAUUUUUUUCUCGCGAUACUAGUCCGCUAUCGGGACUCGUGUCAGCAUUUAUUCGUAUAUGGAGUUUAUUACUAGCUUUGGGCUACAUUCCCAAACAACCCGACUCCAAGGACGACCAUAGCCGUGUCGACGAGUGCCGGUAAAGGCCUGAUACCCACUGUGGAAGAGGCCCCUAUCGGGAGGGCUUGGUAAUGCGAAUAACACGUAAGCGACCGUCCCAUAGCAUAUUCGUGUUUGUCAAAUCAGCGUGUUUUAUCAUAUCCCGGACCAAUCAAUAUUUAGCUAAAGUUUUUUUUUUUAAUUGAUGUAGGGAAAACAGCUGUCUGAGUAAUGAGUCAUUUGGUAAACGCCCACUACUGUCUGACAAAUGAUAUCAUGUUAAAAUUGCACUACUGUUCGAUGUACAAACGAGAAAUGAAUCAAAGAUGAUAAUACAUUCUAUAUAAAGAGUAUGUAUUUUUUAUUUCAUUCAUGUUCUCUAAGACCUUAACUAUAUGAUAGUUGAAUACUACGUUUUGCAAUUAUACUUGACUGAAGAGCUGAGGAAUGUUAACAAAGACACAAGAAUAUAAACAAUGAAACCAUUUUAUUGAGAAAAAGCACUUAGUAUAAUUCAAGAGUGAGUAUAUUAAGGAAAGUCGUAGGAUAGGGCAAUUCAUAUAACUUAAGGUAUUGAUGACGAGGUAUAAGCAACCCGUUAAUAAAGUAUACAGUUAUAUUUUACAUUUUAAGAUAAACUAUACACAUACGGAAUGUUGUUGACCAAUUUUAUCAAAAACAGGAGACAGCGCAACGAUCGAAUUCAUAUAUUACAAAUUUUUAAUUAUUAAAAAUAAGGAAGACAGCCCUGGUUUUUUGUGAGUAAACAAUCAGCUGUGGUCAUAGCUUUAUAAAAUCUUCAUUAAAUAUCUCUCUUGUUAAUAGAUGUUCUUAUAGUCUGUGCGUGUUGUAUUAAACUUUUAUUAUGUUUUAUUCUGUGUAUUUAUGAUGUUAAAAGGGCGGCGCAAGCGUAAUGGUGACGUCAAUGGCGUCAGAGAGGGCGAAAUAUUAAACAUCUGCCAUGCAUA